AUGGAUAUCCUGACUUCAAAGAGAGUGAGACAGAAGCGACUGGCGAUAACUUUGACGAUCAAAUUCUGCUCGGAGGGGAGGUGGAAGAAGUCGGUGAGAACUAUUUACAAAAUAGGGCAUAAGAAAGAUGAGAUGGUAAACCCUAUAAUGGACUUCUUAAGAGUUUGUAUGAAAUGGAGAGGAGAAUUGGAGAAUAAUGCUAAGCACGAGAAAAAUGUACAAGUGGAGGGAAGGAAGAAAGGAGCAUUUGUAAUUAAGACUGGACAGAGGCAAUAUGCAGGUCUGCUCAAAGAGAUAAAAGAAGGAAUAAAAGAUAAGGCGCCCAGUGAACUGGAAACGUUGAAGAAAACCAGGAAGGGUGAUAUCCUGUUGACCAAUGGAGGUGCGGCAGGAGCAAGGAAGGUCAAGGAAACAAUGAAUCAAGUGACUGGGGCGGAGAUAGUGAUUGUAGGAGUAGGGACCAGAAAGAUGCUAAAUGUAUACGACAUGGAUGAGACGGCGGACAAAGUAGAGAUCGAGAAUGCAAUUGGUCAAGAGCUAGAAUUAUCAGAAAAAGUAGACAUCAAGGUGCUGUCGUUGAGGCCCACGGCUAGAGGCAACCAGAAUGCCACGGUGGCAUUACCUGGGGACUACGAAGACAAGUUAAUCAGAAGAGGCUGGUUAAGGAUUGGAUGGACCCGAUGCAAGGUCAGACAAAGGUUGGAAGUUGCAAAGUGUUAUAACUGCUGCGAGAUGGGACAUAUGGCUAGGGAUUGUAAAGGGCCUAACAGGAAAAAUACCUGCAUGAGAUGUGGUGAAACUGGGCAUAGGGUAAGGGAGUGUACUGGUGAGAAGGAAGAAUAG